CGGGAAAUGAAGUGUGACACGUUGGCCGCCUUGGCCCUUCAACUGACCUGGUCCGACCUUCGGAUGGAUGUGGCUCGUGGUUUCCAAGCAGUGGUUACCACCUCCGAAGUCUUUCAGUCCUACGAGGAGGAUUAUCAUGAACUGCUUCAAAGGCUGAGAACCUUGGCAGCGGUGGUCGAAGGCAAUGCUCCGGUCGAGGAACGUAGUGCUGCAGGGCUUGAAAUGAUCGAAUGUCAUGAGCGAGCCCAGCAGGCCUUUCAGCAGAUGGACUUCGAGGUGAAGUCCAUGGGCCCUCUGGGAGCUGCUUUGUCGGGAAAGUUGAAAGAAUACAAGCAGGAGAUGCUAGCUUGCAGGACCUUGGUACGCAACAUCCAAGCCAGGCUGCAACGUGAAGGUUUACUCUCUGGAAUGACUCAGGACGAGGAGAAGGCAGAACGUGACAGUUCCAACCGCCUCCGUGCUGGAGCUCGGCGACUUGAGGAUUCACGGCGGACGGCUUUAGAGGCCGAAGCAGUCGGGCUGAAUGUCAUGUCUGAACUCCACGACCAGAGGGAUUCUUUGAAACGCACCAAGGGCCAUGUGGGUGAUGUGGAUGGCCAUUUGGGAACAUCAAAGAUGUUUCUCACUUUGAUGUCCCGGCGAGUGCAGAGCAACCAGGCUAUGGUUUGGUGUUUGGCCAUUGUCUUAUUUGUGGUUCUAGUUUUUCUGAUCUAUUUGAAGAUUCAAAAACUGAUGGCUUUUCUGAGAUGAGCGCGGGUAAGCUGAGCAAAAACUCUGGCGAUGGCACUUCUCGCAGACU